AUGACUGCAGCUCGUUACAAGAACGGUGAUGAGCUUAUCGUCGGCAUUAUUGGAGAUGAGGACACCGUCACUGGUUUUCUUUUGGCGGGUACUGGGGAUAACCGGGCGACUGUGAAUGAGGGGGGCGGUGAGAAAAACAACGUUGUACAACCGAACUACAUAGUUGUUAAUCCGAAUACACCUCUGGCAGAUAUAGAGGUGGCUUUUACCAAUAUGUGUGCCAAUGACGCAAUUGGUAUCAUCGUGAUAUGUCAGCACAUAGCAAAUGAUAUUCGUCACUUGAUUGAAGAGCAUAAAGAACCUAUUCCAUGUGUUCUUGAGAUUCCAAGUAAAGGGGGCAUCUACGACGCCGAAAAGGACUUUGUCCUUGAGAAAAUUACCAGAGCUCUUGGCAUACGCUAA